AUGAUUUUCAGAGGAAAGCAGGUCACAGGAGAAAAGCCAGAGAUCCAGGAGGAAAUUCAGAGCCGCCUUCCGGGGCCUGAAUGGAAGGCGCACUACGGUACAUCUGGGAUUGCUCCUGACAAGCGUAGAGGCAGCCCGAUUGUGGAGAUGAGUCUGCUGUUGGCGGAGUGCAUUCAGCACGGACUUCGCACAAUUGCUUUUUGUAACACGCGGAAGCUCUGCGAGUUGGUGACGGCGUAUACACGGGAAACUCUGCGGUGCACAGCACCUCACCUGGCGGACUCGCUCUGCGUGUAUCGAGCAGGAUACCGCCCUGAGGAACGCCGUCAGAUAGAGGCACAGCUGUUUGGGGGCCAACUACGGGCCGUGGCAGCAACAAAUGCCUUGGAACUCGGGGUGGAUGUUGGAAGUCUUGACGUUACCUUGCACAUGGGGUUCCCAGGAUCUGUGGCGUCGCUGUGGCAGCAGGCGGGGAGGGCAGGUCGCCGUGAGCAGGUGUCAUUGUCCAUUGUCCUGGCCUUCGACAGCCCACUGGACCAGUACUUUAUGCGACACCCCCAGCAAUUGUUUGGCCGGUCCAUAGAACACGUGCAGAUAGACGCCAACAAUGCCAACGUGCUGCAGGAGCACUUGGCGUGUGCCGCUCACGAGCUGCCCCUUGAUGAGCAGGUGGACGUGGAUUUCUUUGGUGGUGCCUUGCCUGCUGCAGUUGAGCGCCUUAGAGAAAUUGGUCAAAUUUCUCGUCCAGCCAGAGCUGAGCUUGGUCAGGGACAAUGGCUUUACUCAGGCCGCAGUGCACAUCCAGCCUCUGGCGUCAGCUUACGUGCCAUCGACCCGGAGCGGUUCGCUAUUGUGAACGAUGCGUCCGAAGAACAGAUCAUUGAGGAGAUCGAGGAAAGCAAAGCGUUCUACGACAUUUACGAUGGGGCAGUGUAUAUGUUCCAGGGACGAACCUACUUAUGCACCAAGCUUGACCUCGUGAAGAAGGUCGCCCAUGUGCGCCCCGCCGACCUUAAGUACUACACAAAGACUCGCGACUUUCUGGACGUCCACGUGAUCGGCUCUCGCAUUGCCUACACCAUGGGGCCUGCGGCCGAGGCGUACCCGAAAACCAGCGCCUCUUGCGCCGAGGCUUUGGUGACGGCGAGGUGGAUUGGCUUCCACCGGAUAUGGCAGGGAUCGAAUGUGGUCUUCGACACCGUUGAUUUGUUCCUCCCAGAUGCCCAAUUCGACACGCAGGCCGCCUACAUUCGCGUCCCGCACUCCGCCCGCAAGGAGGUGCACCAGCGCGGGCUGCCCUGGCGGGAGGGCCUGCAUGGCGCCGGACACGCCCUCCUCAAUGUCAUCCCGCUGUUCAUGAUGUGCGGCCCCAGGGACAUGGCCACGGAGUGCGACUACCCGCAGGCCAUGCGCUUCCGCCCCGAGCGCAUCCUGGUAUACGAUAACAAUCCGGGCGGCAUCGGCCUGGCAAAGACGGCAGCGCCACUCUUUGGCGUCCUGCUGGACCGCGCCUACAAGCUCGUGGCCGAAUGCCCCUGCGAGGAGCCCACGGGCUGCCCGGGCUGCGUGCAGCACCCCGCCUGCCCGGAGUACAACGUGGUGCUGUGCAAGGCGUCCGCCCUCGUCAUUCUGGGGGCCGUGCUGAGGGCGGAGCGCCACCCGGAUUACAUGAGCGGUGUGAGGGAGGACGGGGAGGGCAGCUGCGCUUGUGGGGGCAGCCCUGGUGGCGCAGGGUCGCAUUGA